AUGGAGGGCGCAGGGCCCCGGGGGGCCGGGCCGGCGGGGCGCCGAGGAGCCGGGGCCCCGGGGCGGCUGCUGCUGCCGCUGCCGCUGCUGCUGCUCUGGUUGCUGGCCGGCCCCACGGCGCCCCAGGAGCUGAACCCGCGCGGCCGCAACGUGUGCCGCGCGCCCGGCUCCCAAGAGCCCACUUGCUGCGCCGGCUGGAGGCAGCAGGGGGAGGAAUGUGCAGUUGCCGUGUGCGAAGGGAACUCGACGUGCUCGGAAAACGAGGUGUGCGUGCGCCCUGGCGAGUGUCGCUGCCGCCACGGCUACUUCGGUGCCAACUGCGACACGAAGUGCCCGCGCCAGUUCUGGGGUCCCGACUGCAAGGAACUGUGCGUGUGCCACCCGCACGGCCAGUGCGAGGACGUGACGGGCCAGUGCACCUGCCACGCGCGGCGCUGGGGCGCGCGCUGCGAACACGCGUGCCAGUGCCAGCACGGCGCGUGCCACCCGCGGAGCGGCGCGUGCCGCUGCGAGCCGGGCUGGUGGGGCGCGCAGUGCGCCAGCGCGUGCUACUGCAGCGCCACGUCGCGCUGCGACCCGCAGACGGGCGCCUGCCUGUGCCACGCGGGCUGGUGGGGCCGGAGCUGCAACAACCAGUGCGCCUGCAACGCGUCGCCGUGCGAGCAGCAGAGCGGCCGCUGCCAGUGCCGGGAGCGCACUUUCGGGGCGCGCUGCGAGCGCUACUGCCAGUGCUUCCGAGGCCGCUGCCACCCGGUGGACGGCACGUGCGCCUGCGAGCCGGGCUACCGCGGCAAAUUCUGUCGGGAGCCGUGCCCGGCCGGCUUCUAUGGCCUGGGCUGCCGGCGGCGGUGCGGCCAGUGCAAGGGCCAGCAACCCUGCACCGUGGCUGAGGGCCGCUGCCUGACUUGCGAGCCCGGUUGGAAUGGCACCAAGUGCGACCAGCCGUGCGCCGCGGGGUUCUACGGGGAGGGCUGCGGCCACCGCUGCCCGCCCUGCCGCGACGGCCACGCUUGCAACCAUGUCACCGGCAAAUGCACGCGCUGCAACGCGGGCUGGAUCGGCGACCGGUGCGAGACCAAGUGCAGCAACGGUACUUAUGGCGAGGACUGCGCGUUCGUGUGCGUGGAUUGUGGCAGCGGCCACUGCGACUUCCAGUCCGGGCGUUGCCUGUGCAGCCCCGGCGUCCACGGGACCCACUGUAACCUGACGUGCCCGCCCGGGCUCCACGGUGUGGACUGUGCCCAGACCUGCAGCUGCCAUGAAGACUCAUGCGACCCGGUCACCGGUGCCUGUCGCCUGGAGACCAACCAGCGCAAGGGCGUGAUGGGCGCGGGCGCGCUGCUGGCCCUGCUCCUCGGUCUUCUGCUCUCGCUGCUCGGCUGCUGCUGCGCCUGCCGGGGCAAGGACCCCGCACGCCGGGACCUCGCGCUUGGGAGGAAGAAAGCACCCCACAGACUGUGCGGACGCUUCAGCCGCAUCAGCAUGAAGCUGCCCCGGAUCCCUCUCCGCAGGCAGAAGCUGCCUAAGGUUGUAGUGGCCCAUCAUGACAUGGAUCACACGCUCAACUGCAGCUUCCUGGAGCCGCCCUCCGGCCUUGAGCAGCCCUCUCCGUCAUGGUCAUCCCGGGCCUCCUUCUCCUCUUUCGACACCACCGAUGAAGGCCCUGUGUACUGCGUGCCUCACGAGGAGACGCCAGCCGAGAGCCAGGACCCCGAGGCCCCGACCACCCCAGCGGGGACCCCGGCCACCGCCACCAAGACGUCCACGCCGGGCCCCCUGGCCACCCCGGCGUCAGCAGCGGGGUCCCCCGCGGAGGAGGCCUCGCCCGUGCCCGCGUCGUCGGACAGCGAGCGCUCGGCCGAGUCCAGCGCCGACGGGCCCGGCGGGGCGCUCUACGCCCGGGUAGCCCGGCCGGCCCGGGCGCGGGGGCAGGCGCGGGGAGAGCCGGGGGCGGCCGUGCCGCUGUCCCCGUCCCCGGAGCGCCAGAAGCCGCCGCCCCCGGACCCCGCCACCAAGCCCAAGGUGUCCUGGAUCCACGGCAAGCAGGGCGCCCCCUCUCCGGGCCCCAGCCCCGGCAAGCGCAGACGGACGCCCAGCGGCGGGGAGGAGCCCGGCCACGUCGUGCCGUCGCCGCCCCGGGCUCGGGUUCGAGGCCGCGGGCUGGGCUCGGCGGAGAACACGGAGGCGGGAGGCUCCCCGUACAGUGCUCCCGACGCCGCCUCCAUGCUGGCCGCCGAGCUGCGCGACAAGACUCGCAGCCUGGGCGCGCGGGAAAAGCCGGCCCCGCCCCAGAAGGCCAAGCGCUCCGUGCCGACCCGCGCCGUGGCCUUGGCCGUCGCCGCCCCCGAGGCGCCCGCAUCCGACGACAUCCCGCGCAAGAAGAAGACCCCCAUUCAGAAGCCGCCGCGCAAGAAGUGCCGGGAAGUCGGGGCGCCCACCCUUCCCCGCGCGCCCGGCGAGGCCCCGCCCACUCGGCGAACGGCGGCUCCUCAUUGGCUCAGAUCCUCAAUGCGCGGGAAAAAAGGCUCGUUCCCAUUGGCUGAGACCUGGAGGACCACUUUCUCUUCCCCAUUGGCCGAAUCGAGGGGCGGGGUCUGCCGCUACGCGACCUCGGAUUGGUCGCGCUUGCACUCGCUGGCUGCAGCCUACGUUCUCUCAUUGGCUGGAGGCCGGAAGCACUUCUGCCCCUACUGCCUCGCCUAA